CGGCCUGCCUACCGCGCCGGUACGGUCAUUCAUUAACACACUUUAACAUGACAGCCAAUGUAAUUUCGUAAUCAUGAAUUUCCGCACGUAGUAUUCGAACACCAAAAGCUUCACUUGUGUUGUAUUUUCUUAAGUUUUCUACGAUAAGAAAUGGAUGUGGAAGAUUUAUCAAAUGUUUUGUCCGAAACCGCGAAUUGUGAAAAUAACUCUGAUAUCGUCAACAACUUUGAUUUUCCUGAACAAUAUGUUGCACUUGCAGACACCUCUCCAAUUUUUCGUGUAUCUGUGCCGUCGACUGUGUACAAAGUGAAUGGUGAACAGAUUUGUAUGCGCUGUAUGAAUGGAGGUAGGCCUAAGCUGAGGCCAACAUUUCCUCACGACAUAAAAACUCUGAAUUCAGACGCCAGCCCUCCUAUCUGUCGUUCCAGUAAGAUGAAGCUUACAUGGCAUGCUUGGCAUAGUUUAGCUUUCAUGUCUUCAUUUCAAGGUCAUUCUCUUGUUCCUAAUGAAAAUGUCGGUGCCAACACGGCCCAUCUUCAAAAUGCGAAUGAUCAAGUUCAACUUCAAAUUGAUCUUUGAUAGAGCAAAGAUAUUAGACUCUAAAUUCUAAGUUAGACACUGAUAAGUCAGAGACUAAAUUUCUGAAGUUUCAAACAAGAAUUCUCUUUAAUUUUUCUAUAAGCAGGAUAAGAGAAUUGUAAAAAUGGCAGACGUUGCAGUCCGUAAUUAUAGAAUGUCUCAUCAUGGACAUCAAAGACAAAAAUCUGAGAAGCAAAAUUAUAGCUAUAGAAGUGGACGAGGGAAUCCUUGUGCACAAAAAUAUCAAAGGAAGAAUCCGAACUGGAGAGGUCAGAAUCGGCCAACUUUCGUCCGUUUGGAUAGCACUGGAGAGAAUUCAGGAAGCAGCUGCGAGGAUUUGAACGGAGCAAUUUCCCCUGAAAUUCAACAAGCAUCAAAUCACUGCCAGCCCAGAUUUCAAUCGCAGGACAAUAAGUUUACGUGUACUCGUCAAGGUGUUGGUCUACUUGACAAAGUCAAAUCAGCCUUAGGAGCGUCAAAUCAGACUUGGCAUCCUCCUCGGAGGGAGACGACCAGAAACUUGAUGCAGUCGCAAGGGACCCUGUCAAAUAGUCCAGACUCUCAUCUUGCCACUUUAGAUUCUGUAGCAGAAAAGUUAACCAACAUGAGCAUGCCGAAACACCCUCCGCAUUGGGGUAACCCGAUGGCAAACUCGCAGCAGAGUAGCCAGAUGGGUCCACCCCGUCAUAACGCCCAAGGCCAGUGGGGACGGACUUUUGUUCCGCAGGAUAGAGGCCAUGCGCCAAUCUUCCAUCCUUACCAGGGAAUGAACCAAUCCCCUUUUCUGGCAUCGACACAAAAUUAUCAAAGGAACCUCUACAGUAAUCCUUGGCAUCAAAUGAUGGGUGGGAAUAAUCAACGUCAUCCUCCUUAUCAUCAGGGAUUCCAUCACUUUGCUCCCCCUCCUCCUCCUUUUCCAUGGCAACAGUUGCUAGGUCCCCAGAUGAUGCAAGGGUUUGCCCACCAGGGACCAAUGAAUAGAAACCAGAGAGCUCGAUCUCCUCCAAAGAAGCCUAAGUGGAAUAAUGGACAUGGAAAUCGGCAAAGAACAUUUCCUCAGUCAAAACCCAAGUCUCAGUCUCGAUGGCAUGCUGAUCAUAGCAGUUCUUCUGUAACAUCUUCCUCUGAAACGUGUGUCCAAAUCUCCAGUCAAAUCAGAUCAUGUAUUGACAAGACUGUUGUACAUGUGCAAAUCAACACAUCUGAGGUUAAAAGUGAUGAAACAUUAGUAACUGCUGACUGUGGUUCAGAAGAAUUCAUAGGACAUGUAGUUGACAGUAGUGCAAUAAUUUCACCAGAACGGACUGAAGACUUAGUAAAGACUAGUCAAGCUGAGGAACGUAUUGCAAAUUUUAGUGACCUCAGCAAGUCUAAUACUUCAUGUCUCAUGGUAAAAGCAGAUGAGGAAAAUGUUGCUGUUCAAAAUGAAAAUUGUCAAACUACAAAUGAGCGUAAAGAUGGCAGUAAAAAGAAUGAAGAAAGCGAUUUUAAUGAACGACACUCAUCGAUCGAACUUAUUCUCGCCGACUACAAGGUACAAUCCAGCACUCAAGAUAAAGAGAUGGCUCUUUCAUCCAGCAGUGAUCCUGAAUCAGGAAGUGAUUCAGACAGUGCAGUAGAGGCAAAUGCAGAUCUUUGGGAGAGUUUCACAGCAAGCGAUGACCCAUACAAUCCUCUAUGUGGCUGGCGCUGUAAUGACAGUAUUCAGGAGGGUCACCCUGGCACGAAGUUGUCUUUCCAAGAAUGCCACAUAGACUCUGGAACAGAUGAGGGGGACAAUUGGUCAGAGACGGAUAGUGAUGAUGACUAUGAUAGUGGGGAUGAUAGUCCUGUUGACGAUGUUGACACCAGUCUUCCAAGAUCAUUCAAGCUGUCCGAUCCUCAGCUCCAGGAACUGAGAGACAGCCUCUCCUCGACACCCAAAGAGAAGCCAGAUUCCGCUUCUGGUCAUCACCCUUCAGUGGCCUUUAUCCUUGGUUCAACCUCAAGUUCAUCCGAUGACGAUGAUGACGACGAUGACUGGGACACUCUUGAUGAUCCCUCUACCCUAGAGGAUGAUCCUCUCUGGGACUCGUUCAACAGACCAAGGGACCCGUACAGUCCCAUGGAGGCCUGGAAAUGCCAUGAUUCUAAUUUGUCUUCCAGCGUUCCCUCCCCAAGCCCUUCAACCCCAUUGAGAAAAGACUCUGUUGAAGGACUAAGGACUUUGUUGCUAGCAUCAACAGAACAAAAAGAGACACUACCUCGGAUAUGUGAGGGAUUGCCUUCCAGGGAGAGCGACAUUGAAAUCUUUGACAUUGCUACUAUCAGGGUCCAUGGGGCCAGAGAUGAUAUUGAUCUUGGAUCACCCACAGUCGCUGAAGGUUCUAUGAAGCGUGUUGCCAGUGCCAGCUGUCUACGGAGGUACCAGUUGACUCCACAAGACAAGGCUUCCAAAAAGGUUCGCUUCUGCCCCGACUCGUCUUUCAUCGUCCUUGUCGAGAAGGAUCCAGCGUCCUGUGAAACCAACCCCACCCAUGCCUCAGAGAACGACUGGCAAGCCUGUGCAAGGGAUAGGAUGAGAUUCAAGGCACGCAUUGAUCAACUCUCUCGUGUACUCGACCCUGUUCUCACAAACACACAUCGGGAGCAAGUCUACACAUCUCGAAUGGCAGAGGGGGAGGACAGAUGACACCUUGACGGUCAAGAAGUAAAUUGAUUAUUAUUUUCCUAAAUGUAUUCUGUGAUAUUAUGCUAUAUAUUUGUUCCAUUUAUUUUUUUUGUUAAUUAUUUUAGUUUGUAAAUGAGUUGAUUCUUUGAAAACAAUUUAGACACUCAUAGAGAUGUAAGGAGAGGGGACACUUGAUUCUUUCAGUUAAAUUUCUGUUGCUAUGCAUAUUUUUUUUCUUCGAGCAAAGUAAUACUUUUCCCAUCAUGUAAGUUUUCCUCGUACAUGUAAUUGCAUGUCGUUAAGCCAUUUUCACAAAUGGUUUGUAAAUUCUGUAGACCGUCCUAUUCACAAUUACAUGUACAUGGAGCCCAUUCCCAAGCUUGCUUUUUACCCACAACAUUUGUUUGUUCUUACUAAAUUUGCGAUUAAGUGAAUCUUCUAUAUUUAUCUUUAAAUAGGUAAGAAAGCCUAAAUAUAUUUUUUUUCCGGACAGUUUGUAAUGACUUGAUUCAAUAUGUAUAUGGGCCUUUUAUUUUAUUUCCCUGAGUGAGUGCGUGUACACAGGCCUGGUGUACAGCAAGUUAAACAGAAUUUUGUUUUACUGACUCUUGGGGCAUUUGUUUUGGACACGGCCAUUUUCCUGUUUUAGCUACCCCUUUCCUGGUUGUAUGGCAAUAUUUCAUUUUUUUUCAUAUUGCCUUUGAGUUUAAUAUAAAUAUCUGGGUUUUUUUUAAUGUACAUGUAUGUACAUGUAACUCUUAUUCAAUUUAUCCCUUUUUGGGGUGUAGAUUUAGGUCCUUUAACAUAAUAGGUCAUUUAGUUUUACAAUUGAUUAUAAUCUACAAAAUUUCUAGCUUCAUGUAUUCAUUUGCAUGAACCAGGAGACUAAUCAGUUGUAAAUAAUUGCUUACUGAGCCCUUAUAUUUCUUUUUC